AUGGCUUUUCCAGGUGGUAGUCCGAUUGGGGAAUGCACCAAGGAAGGUGACAAAUUUGUACUCACUUCCGAUGAUACAUGCAUAUGGUAUUUUGAAUGUAAUGACGCAGGGGAAUUUCUAAUGGAUAACUGUAUAGACGGCGAUGAAUACUUCAAUCCCCUAUUGCGAGAAUGUGUUCCUAAGGCUGAAUACUACUGUAAGGGUGAUUUUCCUGAUUGUAGUAAGUCAGACUUCCAAAAUAGAAAGUGGGUUGACAAAGAAAGUUGUCAAUCCUUAUACGUAUGCGAUGGAGAUGUGAUUUCAAGCUUAAAGUGCCCCAGCGGAAUGUACUUUGAUGCACACACCCAAAGUUGCUUGUAUAACAUCGAUGAUGCAUGCAAAGAUCCUGAAUCCUUGACCGAUGGGAAUAUUGAGACCAUAUGCGAAGGAAAAGUUGGAAAAUUUCUGCCGGAUCCCAACUAUUGUAAAGGUUAUUACUAUUGUAUCGAUGAAUCAACCCCUUACUGGCAAUACUGUAGCGACGACAGAUAUUUUUCGAAUGGAUCAUGCACUAAAACAAGACCUAGUAACUGCAUUUGCGAAGAUGAAGACUGGGACACGAAUGGCAAAACUUCAGUGAAUGUUCCACAUCCUGAUAAAAAAAAAUUCUACGUGUGUGAAAGAGGAAUACAACCCGAGGAGAAGUCGUGUCCAGCGGGCACCACCUUCAAUGCAACGAAAAAGAUGUGUUUAGCGUGA